CCCAACUUUUAGCCUCUCUUAUUGCAUAUAACGAUCCAAUCUCCCUCUCACUCUCCCUCUUCCCCUUAAAAGUGGGCCUGGCCGCCCAUAUUUCCCUCUCGCUAUAUAUAUAUAUAUCCGCAACUGUAUGCAUAUAACCUCUCAUUCUUUCUCUCUCUCUCUUUCUACAGUCCCUGCAGCUCUAUGCAUAUAUACCCUCAUUCUUUCUCUCUCUCUCUCUCUCUCUCUCUCUACAGUUACCAGAGUCAAGUUUGUCCUCUCUCUCUCUCCUCAAUCAUUCUCUCUCUACACCUCCCAUUCCCCCUUGUUGAUUCUCCAUGGAAGCUUCUAACAAGGAACUGUUUUUUGAACUUGAUUCUGAGAAGAGUGAAUAUGGGUGCAAACAUUAUAAAAGGAGAUGCAAGAUCAGAGCCCCUUGUUGCAAUGAAGUAUUUCCAUGCCGCCACUGUCAUAACGAGGCAAAGAGUCUGGUGAGCAGUCCUAGUGAGAGGCAUGACCUCUGUAGACACGAUGUUCGGCAAGUUAUAUGUUUGAUAUGUGAUACAGAGCAAGAGGUGUCUCCUAUAUGCACUAACUGUGGGAUCAAAAUGGGAGAAUAUUUCUGUGCUGUGUGCAAAUUCUAUGAUGAUGAUACAUCUAAAGGACAAUUUCACUGUGAUGAAUGUGGCAUUUGCAGAGUGGGUGGGCGAGAAGAAUAUUUCCAUUGCAAGAAGUGUGGAUCUUGCUACUCGGUCAAAUUACGGAAUAACCAUGUGUGUGUAGAGAACUCAAUGAGACACCAUUGCUCCGUUUGUUAUGAGUACUUAUUUGACUCCUUGAAAGAUACAACUGUUCUGAAGUGUGGGCACACAAUGCAUUUUGAGUGCCUCAUGGAGAUGAAGGAACAUAAUCAGUAUUCAUGUCCCAUAUGCUUUAAAUCAGUUUGUGACAUGACAAAAGUCUGGCAGAAAAUCGAUGACGAGAUUGCUGCAACCAUUAUGCCUGAAGAUUACAGAUACAAGAAGGUAUGGAUCUUGUGCAAUGAUUGCAGUGAAACUACUGAAGUCAUGUUUCACAUAAUUGGCCAGAAGUGUGGCCAUUGUGAAUCGUACAAUACCCGGACGAUUGCCCCACCAAUGCAAUGACUAUGAAAAUUCCGUAGAAGUAGUGUAUGUCGCCACAUUGGCAAUUUAGUGGGACUAUGGACUGCUCUAUUAUUAUCUUGUGAAACUCAAUUGUUUGGUCUCAUAUUACAUAUCCAUUAAGAAAAGCGUGUGGGUUUUCUUUGUUUUUA